UCUAACGCAAUCGUCUGAUGAUAAACUCCUCCAAUAAAAACCACACCGAAUCCGCGACUCUAUUGUUUACUAUACGCCCUCGCACAUUCCUUCCUCCUCAUCGCCGGCUGCCGACGAUUCUCUCCUUCCACUUCCGACGAUGGGCGGCGCCGCCGACAACGCUUCAUCGGGAUCCUCGUUUCUCUUCGAUAAAUCGGCGAAGAUCUUCGUCGCCGGUCACCGUGGCCUCGUCGGUUCCGCCAUUGUUCGAAAACUCCAGCAGCUUGGAUUCACGAAUCUCCUUCUUCGUUCUCACUCUGAGCUUGACCUAACUCGCCAAUCCGAUGUCGAAUCGUUCUUCGCUAAUGAAAAACCUCGAUUCGUUAUCCUCGCCGCCGCGAAAGUUGGUGGAAUUCACGCCAACAACACCUAUCCAGCGGAUUUCAUCGCCAUUAACCUUCAAAUCCAAACUAAUGUCAUCGAUUCAGCCUACCGCUAUGGCGUUGAGAAGCUACUAUUCCUCGGUUCAUCAUGUAUUUAUCCAAAAUUCGCUCCACAACCGAUUCCCGAAGAUGCAUUACUAACCGGUCCUCUGGAGCCGACGAACGAGUGGUACGCGGUGGCGAAGAUCGCCGGAAUCAAAAUGUGUCAAGCAUAUCGAAUUCAAUACAAAUGGGAUGCAAUUUCAGGAAUGCCGACUAAUCUAUACGGUCCAAACGACAAUUUCCACCCGGAAAAUUCUCACGUAUUGCCGGCAUUGAUGAGGAGAUUUCAUGAGGCAAAGGUUAAAGGAGCAAAAGAAGUGGUGGUUUGGGGAAGUGGAAGCCCUUUGAGGGAAUUUCUUCACGUCGACGAUUUGGCCGACGCCGUCGUAUUCCUCAUGGAGGAAUACAGUGAUUUGGGGCAUUUGAAUGUUGGAAGUGGGAAGGAGGUGAGUAUCAAGGAGCUGGCUGAAUUGGUGAAAGAAGUGGUGGGAUUUGAAGGAGAUCUUGUUUGGGAUAAAUCAAAACCUGAUGGAACUCCAAGGAAAUUGAUGGACAGUUCUAAGCUUGCUGAAUUGGGUUGGAAUCCAAAGAUCUCUCUCAAAGAUGGGCUUGUGGAUACUUACAAAUGGUAUGUUCAAAAUGUGCAGCAAUGAAGAAAUGAAAAGGAAAACAAACAGGUGGGACAACUGUUGGAAGAUUAACCAUGGUAUUAAAUCACCGCAAAAAAGGAAAAGAAUAAUUGUAUAAUUGUUGUCGUUGAUAUAUAAAGAUAAAAUUAUAUCUAUAUUUAUAACUGACGAAGAUAAAGUUCUAUAACUUUAAAAAAUCACAAUUAAUAGAAUGUAAUAGAUUUUUUUUUUCUUGGUA